AAAUUAUAAAUUUUUAUUGAUGGCAUGUUCAGAUUAAGUACAAAUUAAGUCUCGUGAGGCAUAAUCGACAUAAGACUUUGAAAGUUUAUGCAUGACCCGUGAACAAGGCAAGACAAACAAUGUAUUCUAUACUGCAUAUAUCACCUCAAAAUGUCAACUCACUGUCUCAAGUUUUGUAUUGCUACUGCACGAAAGAUUUGGGUCCAGUAGAUGAAAACUGGUUUCACUGUGAAAAUGUAGAGAUAGUAGAUCAUGGAGUUUGGAAAGUACCAAAAACCCUAGUGGAAUCAGCAUCAGUUAAUCUUCAAAAUGAUGUAUUAGUUUGGUGGCAUGAAAAGAACAGAAGUUUAAACAUUAUGAAUACCAGAUUAAAUCAGAGUAAAGCAACAGAAGGAACUUUCAGUAAUUCUCAGCAACCUUGCAUUUAUCAGAAUGAACUGCAAGCAUCAACCCAAGUUAGUUUAAGACAGAAAAAAACUUCAAGUUUCAAAUGUUGUUGUUUUAGUAAUGAUACAUUAUUAGCAAACCCUUCCAAGGAAUUUAAUACAAAACAAAAUAAAAUUCUAACACUGACAUUUUCUGGUGCUGCUGAAAUAAAUUCAUCAGCACAAGAUAAAAUGCCCAUUAUAUCAUGCUGGCCAAGGAAAGUGUGCUUGAAUGGAUAUGAAACACAAAACUUGUAUUCUUCUAUAGAUGACACUGUGCUUCAACAUGAAACACAAAAAGCAACAUUUUAUCAUUAUGAUUCUUCUGUAAACAAAAAUAUACCAACAACUUCAACUUGUUAUUCAGCAAAGGAUAUUAGUCUUACCUUAGAUGAAACAACACCACUAUUCUUCUGUUAUACUGAGAAUGGAAAUAUGAACCAAAAUGCAUGUAAACCAAUAAAAAAUAGUUUUGGAGGAUUUUUCAAUAAAAUAAAAGAUUGUGAAUCUUUUAAGAAAACAAAAAUUGUUUUGAAGAUUUGCUGUCAACACAAGAAGGGAAUGAGAUCAAACCAAAAAGAAGCCAGAAAGAGAUGGAGAACAACGAAGAAAGUCUAACCAAGUCAGUCCAUAGUUUUCAGACUCAUAAUUCCUGUAGAAAGUUUUUAUUAUGUAUUCCAGUCACACAAGAAGAGCAACAGAAAAGUCAUUUCACCCACAAGAAGAGUAUUACACCCAGAUUACUUUUAACAUCAGGAAAUGAUGGGAACUUUUCAUGGGCAUCUUCAUUGGCCACACCACCAGGAUACUUACAGUUCCUUCCAGGAGAUACUGAAGACAGUGAUGUCAGACUGAAACAAGAGAAACCUGACAGGAACUUAAAGCAUUCAUUUUUUCCCAGAGUUUCAUUUGGGUCUCCUAGCAGUGAAAGUACCGCGUAUGAGAAGCCUAAUGCCUUUUGGAAGAACUUACCUGGAAGUUAUUGCUCAAAGUUCAACUCAAGUGAUGAAAAACUAAGUGAUAUUGAGAUUUUAUUGAUAAAAGAGGGUGAUGAUGGUAUGCAAUUAGUACAAGUUGAAGAUUUGUUUCUGCAAAAUAUUAGUCCUGUUGAAAAGGAAGAACAAGCUGUAUGUUUAAGUAUGAAUAAUAUUAGGUUUGAGAAAAAUGAGUAUUCAAAUACAAACAACGAUACUGCAAAUUCAGAGAUAGAACGGGUUGAUAGUUUAUCUCUCAGACUCUGUAAUUCUGUAGGAGGAGAACAGCAAACUUAUGGUUCAACUCUAAAGAUCAGUGGUACAGAAGAGAAAGAGACUGAAGUUUCAAGUCUGAAAGUUGAUGAAAAUACUGAUAGAGGAGUAAAUCAAAUUCAGCAUUUAUUAUAUAAUAGUAAUGUUGGAUAUGUUGUAGAAUUAGAUCUAAAUAAGUUCUUAAAUUUAGAAAAAACUUGUGGUAGACAUGUGGCAGAAACACAGCUGCCUAACAUAAAUUCAAAAUAUAACAAUGCAUUAGCAGAAAGUAUUCAGCAUUCAGAUAGGAAAGAAGGAGUUACUGAGUUUGUAUCUAAUAAAACUGAAACAGAAAAAUCUAAAUCUGCCAUGCAAUUUCUUGCAUCUGGAUGUGAACUUAACACUUUAGACAUAACUGUCCAACAAAUACCAGUGAUUGAUGAAUAUAAAAGCUGUAUUAACACAAAGUCUUCAAAAAUCUCAGUAGAAAUGGAAUCAGAGAGCUCAGUAGACAGACAAGCUUCAGAUAUCUACGUACUAGAGGGAUCAAAGAAAUCUUUGGAUAUAAGUAUGCUGGAAAAAUCUUUAAAUGAGGGAUCAGAAAUAUUUAAUGUCAAACAUAUUUCAAAAACUCCAUCUGUUGAGGUGUGUGAGAAAUCUGUUAGUACGAGUGCAUCACAAGUUCCAGUAUUUAAAGGAAUUUCAUCUGAAAAUGUGAUGACGUGUGCUAAAUUUAAAGAAGAACAGCUACUAGAUGAAAGUUACAGAAUAAGAAAAAAUCCUUUUUCAAAAAACAAAUCUGUGUGUCACAGUUGUGAAAAUAUCUCACCCUCUCAUUCAUUUGAAUGUAAUCCUCAGCCAGGAGAUUAUAGAAAAAGGAAACUGAUAGAUAUUAAUGUAAAACAGGAAAAUAAUAUUUUACCAGUGCUUAAUAGGAAUUUAGGGUUUAUGUUUACUUCAACUUUAUUUAAGAAAGAUACAUCAGGUGAUAAUGGUGAAGAAGAUCGUGGAUUGCUACAAAGUAUUUGGAAAAAGAAAAGUUAUGAAAUGUGUAUAGACCUAGAAAGUCUUUGGAAAAAUAGUACAGCACAAUCUAAUUGUUAUUCUCAGCAUAAUAACAAUGCACUGGUAAAUCUUUCAGGGACUGUUUCAGAAAUGAUUAAUGGGCAUGUGCUCCACUCAUCUCAGUUAGCUACAUCAAUGAGCCAGUAUUUCACAGGUUCUUUAUCACCUACUGUAUUAGAAGGAUUCUGUCAAACAUCUGAGGCAGCAUUAGACUUUUCCAAAGAAUUCAGUAUUGUAGAAGAACAAAAAGUUACACAAAUUUCAGAUGUUUAUGAUAAUUUGGAAGUGCAGACUCAAGUAGAUAAUAAUUUUAAGAACUUAAACCAGUCUGGAAGGGAUGUCCAUGUUGACUGUCUUUCAGUAAAUAAUGGACUGAUUAAAAAUGAAAACCAAUUUCAUAAGAAAACUUCUGAGAGACCAGUAGAUGGAGCUGCAAAUUUUGUACCAAUUGAUAAUCAAAAUGCUUAUCUUUAUAUGAAAACUGAAACCUUCAAAACAACAGAGCCUGUUGAGAAGGAUCUAACUAUUCAGGAUAUUUCUAAAGACUUUGGGUCAUCCAAACAAGAAAAUGCAAGGAUAUCUGAAAUUGAUCAUGUUAGUUUCAAGAACAGAAAAAGAUGUGACCAGACUGUAUUGUAUCCAUCUAACAAAGCAGUGGAGCCAUUUUUAUAUUUAGAAGGUAUUCAGUAUCAACAAGAAAAUCAGAGAGAGGAUGAGAAAUCAGUGUUUUCAUUUGAUGAGGGGAAAGAAGAAAUGUUUUGGUGCAUGAAAGAAAAAAAUUCAGAGGAGGCCAUGAGUUACUCGAUCCAGAAUAAUGCAAGCAAAGUGAUUAAAGAUCUGUAUAAAGUACUGCCCAUGGAUCGAGAAAUUAAACCUUGUGAUGAUGCAGAUAUUUACCACACUGAAAAGUUAACAGUAUUUGAUUGUCAACAAUCUUUCAUGGAUACAUCAGUUUUUUCAUCAAGAUCUGACAAAAAUAAUCUAGUAGGUUUGUUUACAGAUUAUGAUAAGGUUCAUGAGAAUCUAGAGAAUAACCCUACUGUGAAAACUGAGCAACUUAAUAAAUUUGAAGAAUUUUCCACAAUGGAUGAGAGGAAAAACAGUGUUUCAGAAAAGUCCCCAUCUUUUGCAAGGUCUCUGUUAGAAGUUGAUUUAAUAACAUCAAAAACUUCUAAGCCUUCUAUAGAAAUUUUAACAAAUGUUAAUGAGCAGGAAUUUACAACAGCAAGUGGAAAAGAACCUUCAGUUUCAAAGGCAUCUUUUAACUUUGCAAAAUGUUUGUUUAAUGAAAAUAUUUCAGAUGAAAUGAAUUUUAAACCAGAAGAUAAAAAACCAAAAAAUACCAGGAAUCAUCAGUAGGAAGUGAAGUCUCCAUUUCAUACAAAUCUAC